AAGUUAUUUAUACCUCAACCAAACACAGAGGAAAGGGUUCAAAACCAGACUAGAAGGAAGGGCCGGUCACAUUCCUAUGUUGGGGACAAACAAAAAAUAAAAAACUUAAAAAAAGGCACACUGGGACUGGUACUGGGUUCUCACCCACCACAGCCAGCCGCUCCAUCCCCAGCCUCCCCACCCAAUCAGAGCCCGCCACAUCAGCCGAUCCCCCCUGUAAAGCACAUACACACAACAGUGAUAGAACCUCUGCUGCUUUAGCCCCCCCCAAAGUAAUAAGCCAAGGCAAAGCCACCUCCAAAAGGAUGAAGAAAAACCCUUUUGCCCCAACCCCACCCGCAUGCCUUGUCGCCCAACCUUAACCAGUCACUCUGCUCGCCGGAACCCGACCCAUUUGCCAGCCCCGAAAGAGCCCUCGAGCUCCUUUUUCCAUUCCAUUAUCAAUUUUUGGUCUUUCCAUAUUUCCUUGGGGCCUGAGGGUCGACAUCAUUGUAUCGGCUAUCGAGCGAGGAGGAUCUUAUUGAGCUGAAACUCAGACUUAAACUGACAGCGUUGGUGGUGAGGAAGCGAUGUACGUGGUGCCUCCGCCCCAGCGAUCGGAUCCGGCUUCCGGAUCCGCCGGCGCCUCCACUGAUUUGCGGGUCUACCAAAAUUGGAAAGGCAGCAAUAUAUUUUUCCUUCAGGGAAGGUUUAUUUUCGGACCAGAUGUAAGAUCACUGGGGCUGACCAUAUUUCUAAUUGUUGCUCCUGUCACAAUUUUCUGCAUCUUUGUUGCAAGAAAGUUGAUGGACCAUUUCUCACAUCACUUGGGAAUAUUGAUAAUGGUUGUCGCUGUGGUAUUCACAGUUUAUGAUUUAGUUCUUCUCCUGCUAACCUCUGGAAGAGAUCCUGGUAUAAUUCCCCGUAACACACACCCCCCAGAGCCAGAAGGAUUUGAUGGGAACGUAGAAGGUGGGGCUGGACAAACACCACAGUUGCGUUUGCCUCGCAUCAAGGAAGUAGAGGUGAAUGGAAUCCCUGUCAAGAUCAAGUAUUGUGAUACUUGUAUGCUUUAUAGACCUCCUCGCUGCUCCCACUGUUCAAUAUGCAACAAUUGUGUAGAAAGAUUCGAUCACCAUUGUCCUUGGGUUGGGCAGUGUAUUGGGCUGAGAAAUUAUCGAUUCUUCUUCAUGUUUGUGUUCUCCACAACCCUUCUUUGUAUAUAUGUUUUUGCAUUCUGCUGGGUCUACGUUAGAAGGAUCAUGGGAACCGAGGACACGACAAUUUGGAAAGCAAUGAUUAAAACUCCAGCCUCUAUUGUCCUAAUAGUUUACACUUUCAUAUCAAUGUGGUUUGUUGGUGGUCUUACAGCCUUCCAUUUAUAUCUCAUCAGUACAAAUCAGACUACAUAUGAGAAUUUCCGGUACCGAUAUGAUAGGCGAGCCAACCCCUAUAACAAAGGAGUGGUUGAGAAUUUCAAGGAAAUAUUUUGUACCACCAUUCCCCAGUCCAAGAACAAUUUCAGGGCGAAGGUGCCAAGGGAACCUGGGUUGCCUCCUCGGUCAGGGGGUGGAGGUUUUAUGAGCCCAAAUAUGGGAAAAGCUGUGGAGGACAUUGAAAUGGGCAGGAAAACGGUGUGGGGAGACAUGAAUGCUGGGGGUGAUCAUUACGAAGGGCAACUUAACAACAAUGAUCGCUUAAAUUUGAAGGAUGGUGAAUUAGGUGAAGUUUCCCCAGAUAUAAGGACUACAGUCGAUGAAACCGUGGAUCGUGCUGGAAUACACCCCAGGCGAUCCAGCUGGGGAAGGAAAAGUGGAAGCUGGGAAAUGUCCCCCGAAGUUCUUGCUUUGGCAGCUAGAGUCGGGGAACCAAACCGCACGGGUGGGAGUAGCAGUGGUGGCUUGACAAAUGAGAACCGACAUACAUAGGCAGCCAAAAUGUGACAGACCAGUAUAGUGGCGAAAUGGAGGAUUUGAUUGUGUGGCAGCAGAGUGGUGGUUUGUGUUCGUGCGUGGCCAUUUAACACCCACAUUAAUAUUAUGUGCAAUUUGGGGAAGGGUCUUUUGUAAGUGUUGGGUUGGCCAUUGUGCAUUUAGGAAGGAAUUUGUGUGUUGUAUGAGUGAGCUUUCUUGUUUUUGUAUUGCAUUUGUGGAAUUAGUUAGUUCCUAAUUGUAUUGCAAUUGUGGUGGA